CGGCGGGCGUUGCGCAGAAGCGGCGUCUGCUCUGAGGGCCUGCGAGAAGGGGGAGUCGGUGCCGUGCCGGACCCGCUUCGUACCCAGGAAUUGGGUGGCCUUGGUGCAUUAGGUGGAACUUCCUGCGCUAUGGGAAAGAAAACCAAGAGGACAGCAGAUAGUUCGUCCUCUGAAGAUGAGGAGGAGUAUGUUGUGGAGAAGGUGCUAGACAGGCGUGUUGUGAAGGGUCAAGUGGAGUAUCUUCUCAAGUGGAAAGGAUUCUCUGAGGAACACAACACUUGGGAACCUGAGAAGAAUCUGGACUGCCCCGAGCUGAUUUCUGAGUUUAUGAAAAAAUAUAAAAAAAUGAAGGAGGGUGAGAACAACAAAUCAAGAGAGAAAUCCGAAAGCACAAAGAGGAAAUCCAGCCUCUCCAACAGUGCCGAGGACAUCAAAACCAAAAAGAAGAGGGAGAGCAACGAUAUUGCCAGGGGCUUUGAAAGAGGAUUAGAGCCAGAAAAGAUCAUCGGUGCCACAGACUCCUGUGGAGAUUUAAUGUUCUUAAUGAAAUGGAAAGACACAGAUGAAGCAGACCUGGUCCUAGCAAAGGAAGCCAAUGUGAAAUGCCCGCAGAUUGUGAUAGCGUUUUAUGAGGAGAGACUGACCUGGCACGCGUAUCCAGAGGACACGGAAAACAAAGAGAGAGAAGCAGCGAAAAGCUAAAGUGCCGUCCUGGGCCAUCCUUAGCUGUACAUACACAUCCCCCCGACCCGACCACAUCCAUUGAAAUGUGCUUAUUACUGUGCUCCCAGGAGAAACCUUGUUAUUGGUUCAGUCAUAACAUAAAUGGUUUGCUUCAUGUUCAGCUUCAUCUCUAGUGAAACCCACAAGAUUUAUGUGCUGUGUGUCCUCCUCUCUCCUCCCCCCCCCCGCCCUCCAGAAAACGGUUUUGACUUGUCACAUCCUCUUAGAGCCUCCAGGGGUUUAUAGAGUUGUUAGUUCCCUUUGGUUCGGUCCCUUUUUGCCGCUUUAAAUGCCGAGAGUGGCAGCGAUGCCCUUUCUAAACAGAAUUAAGUGGUGUUCCCCUGUCCAGGUACACAAAUGGCUGUUGGCUGGGAAAGCGAGAGGAGCUGUCUGCAUUUGGGAAGUCCCUCCUGCUAGUGCUACACAGGGCAACAUCCUGAGAUGGUCAAUGUGGCCUUGGUAUGCUGGGCCUGUGUGUUGUUACAUAACUGGUAACGUCCUGUUGGGACUGUGCAUCUGGACUCCGUCUCGGGGGAUACCCAUUGUCCUGGGUUGUGAUGCCUUCCAGUCUGUCUCGUGCCUAGGAUGGUUUCCAGGCGAGCUGUGUUCUCUUUGCAAGCCCAGCCUGCAUUAGUAUUGGUUCCCAGAUGCAGAGCGAGCCCCCUUUCUCUAGGAGGAGUCUAAUGUGUGAGAGGUGGGGAAAGCAGAGCCUUCUUAACUUUAAAUGUGAUUGUUUAUCCCCUGUCAGGCGCAGGUGGAGACCUGCCACUGCUUCUGUAUGAUCUUAUGCAGUAUGUAUGUAUACAUUUGUUUCUCAUUUGGGCUGUGUAUUUCCGUAGGUGUGAGUGUAUCAGGUGGUCUUGCUUUGUGCCAAGGCGCCUGAUCCAUUUCAGUCAUUGGCUGUUGCUUCAAAGGCCACAAGCAUUGUGUUACCAAAGUGGCUUUCCGCUUGAGGGCCUCUCCUCCCCUCCCUCAUGAGCUCUGUCUUGGAAACGUGGACAGCUGAUCUGGUCUGGUGUGCACAGCACUUCUCCCUGGAACAUAUGCCCCAGGCUCUAGGACCUGCCAGGGGAGCAGAG